AUGCCAGGAAAACGCCAGCUUCUACAAGGCACCUCCCGAGGAGCUCAAUCUCAUGAUGACCCCCGACCUUUCGCCCAAUGGGGAGUCAACCUCCUGGGGCCAUUCCCACCAGGACCCGGACAAGUGAAGUACCUAAUAGUAGCCAUAGAUUAUUACACCAAAUGGGUAGAAGCGGAGCCACUAGCCAGCAUAACCGCAGCAAAUUGCCAAAAAUUCAUGUGGAAGCAAGUGGUCACGAGGUUUGGGAUCCCGGAAGUCGUCGUAUCAGACAACAAAACACAAUUCACUGACAAAAAGUUCAGAGGGUUCCUAGAGGGACUAAGUAUCAAGCAGAAGUUCUCGUCAGUAGAGCACCCUCAGACAAACGGACAGGUCGAGGCGGCCAACAAGGUCAUCCUAAAAGGGCUAAAGAAGCGACUUGAAGGGAAGAAAGGCUUAUGGGCAGACGAGCUCGCCUCAGUCCUAUGGUCAUACAGAACCACCCCCAACCAUCUACUGGUGAAACCACCUACCGGCUCACCUACGGGGUCGACGCAGUCAUCCCAGUCGAAAUCGGGGAUCCAAGCCCGAGGUUACUCCUUGGAGGAGGAAAUGAGGCAAUCGAAAAAGACUUGGCCGACGAAACAAGGGAGAUGGCCCACCUGA